AUGGCAUCGCCAAUUCAUACCCGUAGUGGUACGGCGUACGCGGCAAAAGUGGUAGCGGGCUCGCACCACUCGACGCCAGCUAGACGCCCAGACGAAUCGGCCACUCCCUUUGCUACUCCUGCCUCUACACCAUCUCGCAUCCCUGUUCUCGGUACCCAGCCCAAUACCCAACCCACUGCAUCUUACAGCCAAAAUAAUUCUACUAACCCUACUAAUUCCUCCACGGGGGGAGCAGGCGCGUCCCCAGCGCCAGCUCACCCGACGAGCGGAACCGGCCCAGAAGGAUCCCCGGAACCGGAGCCGACAAGAUCACCGGCACCGGACCUGUCGGCCGCGGCGAACGCACCACAUCGGAAGGCGUCUAUGGCGAAUCGCCAAGUCCAACGGGCAUGCAAGUAUCUGGCCGACAGCAAACUCAUGCAGGGCGACGAAGCCGCGAUGACAUUGGAAUCGCUGGCUAUGGCGCUCCUCCUCAUGGGAAAGCGCGAGUCGAAGAACCUCCAGGUCAACUUCGUCAAGAAGGUAGUCACGACGAUCGGCGACAUGGUCUUGUUACACUGUGCGGACCUCAAGACGGAGGCGCGGGAGACGGCGGAGCGACACGAGCACCAGGUCAUGGAGAAGCUGGCGGAGGAUAAACGCUGGAUGGAAGGGAAGUUUGACGAAAUCAAGGAGAUUGCCAGCGGCAUAUCGCCGUCGGAGCUGGCACAGGCGCGCACCGCGACGGCAGGCAACAUACCCACAUACCAGCGGUUCUUCGGCAUCAACAACAGUAUCUCCAAUGUGGUGCCACCUCCCCCUCCACCUCCUACGAACCCGCGCGACAAGAAAGCACGCAACGCCGAGUACACGCGCGCGCGGCAAGUCCUCUUCGCACCAUGCAUUUCGGAGGUACCGGAAGGAGUUGAAGUACUCCCACCGACGUGCGCCGACGCCGCAAUCGCCGACCGCUUCCGCACAGCUAUCCGAGAGAGCGACCUGGAGAAACAAGCCGGCUGCGCGCUUCUACCGCUCACGGUACGGCGGGUCAACAAAGACAUACUCGUUCAUUUCCCGACCCCCGGUGCUGCCAACUGGAUCCGAUCGGCCGAAGGGAGCGACGCGCUCGAGCACCACCUCCGCUACCACAUCACGGCGGUCGACCGCAAAUACAAGGUCGUGGCACACAUCGUUCCCACCAUCUUCACGGCGAACAACGCGGAAGCUCUACGGGAGAUCGAAGCGACGAAUGAACUGCCCGCGAUGUGUAUCGAACGCGCGCAGUACAUCAAGCCCGAAGCCCUGCGGAACGAGGGACAACGACACGCCAAUGUAAUGCUUACGCUCAACAACCCAUAUGCCGCCAACUCGACCAUCCUGGACGGAAUCGAGAUAUGUGGGAUGCGGGUCCAAUGUUGGCGCCAGAAGUAUGAGCCGCCGCGUUGCGUGAAAUGCCAGUACCAUGGACACAUCCUCAGGUCGUGCCACCAGACUGAAGAUACCUGCGGUAUCUGCGGUGAGGAGCAUCGUACGAGGGACUGCCCGCGCGAGGGUAGGCUAUGGUGUGUGUCAUGCAAGACCAACAGCCACUCCAGCCGCAACAGGAAAUGCCCAUCAUUCCUACGUCGGUGCGUCAUCUACGACACGCGCCACCCGGAGAACUGCAGGGUCUUCUUCCCGACGGAGGAGGCCUGGACGCUGGAGGCUAUGAUUGAGCCAGGCGCAUCCUUCGCCACGUACCGCCACUACCAGUUCCACCGGCGUGCUCCUGCUCCUGCCUCGUCACCCAAGAGGCCCGCGGCCACGCUCGGACAAGCAUCGGUCGUCCCUGGCCGCUCCACCGGCAACCAGCAGACGCGCCGUCAGUCUGCGGCUCAGACUCUCGACGACGACGCCCUCUGGAAGCAGGUGGACGACAUUGCUAUGGUAAACAACCAGGUCGCCUACUCACACUAA